CGAGAGGUAUCAUACCACAUAGUUAUAACACAGUUAUAGUUAUAAUACAGUCAUAGUUAUAAUACAGUGGUAGUCAUCUCGGUGCUGCAAUGGCCGAACAGCCGAACACUGCGCCCGGUCGAGUCGGCGGUUGCAUGUUACACAACUGGGCGGAAGAGAGGGCCGUCGCCGCUCUUGACACUCCGGAGACGAGAUCACAAAUUCGGAAGUACGGACACAGAGGGAUUCUCACGACGGACUGGGAGUCUAAAAUGGAACGUGUCACCACGCUGAAAGCAACUUACGUCACUCCGAAAAGUCCAGGGGUGAGGCUGCGGGGCGUCCGAGGCGAGCUUCUGGAAAAACAAUUGGCCGACACGAUAAGAGAGAAGAUCCACGCUGAGCUGAACCCGCCGAGUCCCGAAACCGACUUCUGCUCCACGACCCAGAAAGACUUCGGUGUCGAGGGAUUCGUGCCCCUCGCCCCCGAGACAACACAAGUUCACGAUUAUAAAAGUGACCAGGCCGUCACAUUCUGGAGUGAAAACCGCCAGCGGGUCCAGGGCGUGACGGGCGUGCAGAACCCGAAGGCGUCUUUCAGGAAGUCGGCGCUGUUCAGCACGCCGAUCGGCGAGCGGCUGGACGAGACGGAGGAGCUCCCGCCUGAUAACUGAGAGUACGUCGGAGUAGCGCAUCACUUCAUCACCAGUUGAUAUUAAAGUGGUAAUCCACUUCAAAGGGCAAACAUAAAGUACAGUUUACAUUGACAUGAAGAUGUCUAUUAAAAAUGGGAAUCGUGGCCGCUGCCUUCGUUGGAUCAGGAUUAAAGUUGCAGCUCGGUUAACGAUAUUUUUUACUCUUUGAUGAUCCUGGAAAAACUGGAAGCUGAUUCAGAAAGUAGCUUCUCAGCAACAUAGACUAUAAGUCCCUCUAUUUCUACACCACAAAUAGCUCAAUAUUUAUUCCCGGAGCUGGACGCGGAUCACAUUUUCCCCAUUUUUCCCUCGUACAUGUAGUUCAUUAUUCCCCCCCUCCGUUGGGAGAGCGUCUCUCACUCCCUCGGUCUCCGGCAGACGAGGAGCACAGAUGUUGCUAUUUAUGUACCGCCUUGUGAUUACAUGUUGAUAACCGUCUCCAUGGCGACCAGCAUCCGCAUUGACGACCUCUUCUUCUCAGUUGGAGACCACGCAUCUGUGUCUCUGUGCCCACUUUUGGAAAAUGUAUUUGAUGCUCAGUGUUUUGGCCGAAUCACACUGAGAGGUAGCAUCAGACCGUCUCUUCUCUUUCAUCUUCCCCUGCACUCACAUCCUGACCCCCCCCCGAUACCAACUCUUGUGUUCACAUGAGAGCGUCAUUUUGUUUCGGCCUGACAACAAAGAGUGAGGGACUGUCCCCCAAAAAAAUUAUUCAGACACAGAGAUUAUACGCUUGAAGGAAUACGUUGAUCGAUCUCAUCCAGGAGAAUUGUUCUUGUCAGAGUGGUUUUAAUGCAGCGUACUCGCUACGACACACAGAAAAGGUUCUUCAAGGGUUCUUUAAAAGGUUUUGUGGUUCUCCGAAGAACCAUCACCUACUGA